AUGGGCAAGGCCGAUGCUAGCAACAUUGACUUUGACAUGGAAGGCAUUAUGCAAAUGAAGUACAAAGAGGCUGCCGGCCUUUGCAACGAUCUCCGAACGACCUACGGCCACGAUAUAAAAUGCCAAGCAACCUGCCUCACAGGAGAUGAUGACAGGAAGACUGCAGCAGUUUAUAAAGAUACUUUUGAUUACUUUGCCAUCAUGAUCCACGGCGGAAGCAUGUCAGAUGGUUGGAGUAUACCGGUAGAUGAUCCCUUCUCUGGCGCGACGUGGAAGGUCAUCAAUGAAUGGCUCCAUGCUGGCAUUCCCGCUAGCAAACUUAUUUUGGCAGUGACCACUAAUGGGCUGGAAGCCUAUAUGGUCAACUGGUUGAAGGCCAUUAUUCAGAAAUAUGGUAUGGCAGGCAUGUCUGUCUGGCAACUGAAAGAUCUCAAGAGCUCCAUCUCUUAUCAGUGCAUCGAGGACCCCAGCACCCAGUGCGGCCAUCCUUCUCCCAGUACUGAGGUUGAUGGGGAAUGUUGCGACCCUGAUUCAGUCACCAAGAUUGGUUCGUGCAAGGAGCUCGGGCAGGAUGGUUGUUGUGGCGGUGCCGGCGGAUCAGCGCUAUGCCAGAAGGUCUGA